UGUUGUCCUUUUUUUUCAUUUUUCUUUUUACAUAAUGGCUCCAAUGAGAAAGGAUUUAUCCGAACAAUCGAGUUCCGAAACCCGGGUGAGAAUCGCUGACCAGUACUAAAGUGUCGUCAGUGUCAAGGUGUCCUGAGAUUGAUUUAACGAACCGACUACGACAUUGAAGAUGGCCGCAAGUGCUGUUGUAUUGCUCAUCUUAUUUGGCAUACUACUGGUGAGGGGUUCAUGGGCCUUAAAGAACACCCUUCAUGACAACUACACGGCCGCAAACGGUGAUAACACAAGCUUCGAAAUCGGUAACAAUGGCUCCUCGGUGAAGCUGGUUUUCCGGGAGACCUCAACGUGGCAGCUUAUGGUCAACACAUCAGAUGAAGGCACUUUUGAAUUUAGAAGUGCCGACAGGAGGAUAUUCAAACCCACGGAACCAAUCACGGUCACGGUCACGGAAAAUACGUCCUUUCCAAUUUACGUGACCGUAAAUUUUACUGGAGAAUACAUUGGGGAGAGUUAUCUCGAGAUGUUCAACAUCGACGACGCUUUUACGCCGAUUGGUGCGGUGGAAGUAAGCGUCCAUCCUCCGUUUCAGACACUGGGCAUCAUAGCCACUGUUAUUUUGACCGUCUGGCUGGUGAUCUCGUACGUGAUCAUGGCGGCCAAAGUCGAGCCCAGGGUUUUGCUGGAUAAAAUCAAACCGCCCUGGGGAGUCAUCAUGGGGAUGGUGUGUCAGUUCGUCCUCAUGCCGCCUCUAGCUUUCGGAGUGGCGAAAGCGUUCAACUUGACCGGCGCUCUGGCCGUUGGCCUGGUCCUAGUAGGGACCUGCCCCGGGGGAUUUUUCAGCAACAUCGAGGUCUUGCUCCUGGACUGCGACAUCGUCCUCAGCUUGACCAUGACCACUUUCUCCACGUUCUUGGCGGUGGGUAUGAUGCCCCUGAACCUCCACAUCUACGCCAGACCGUUCGUGGAUGGAAACAGCAAUCUGGAGACGCCAUUCCAGAGUCUUCUUAUCCAACUCUGUGGGCUGGUUAUGCCCCUCUUAAUCGGGGUACCGUUCUUCCAUCGCUUCAAGAAAGCUCGAGAAAUAUGUCUUAAACUCGUCAAACCCUUCACGCUCGUCCUGAUGAUUCUUGGUGUUGUUCUCUUCAUACCUUCUCAAUACUACAUCUUCUACGGUGACUGGAAGGUGUGGACUACCUCAGCCCUCAUGCCGGCCCUGGGGGCCUUUCUCGGUAUCUCAAUCGCAAGAAUCGCAAAUUUCAACUACACAUUUUCAAUAACAGUCGCAAUAGAGACCGGGUGCCAGAACACUUUGCUGGCGGUCUCGGUGGCCAAACUUUACUACAAGGACCCAGAAUCGGACAUCGUGGCGAUCAUUCCCUUACUCAUCGCAAUGGUGACGGGGUUCGAAGGUCUCACAGUGGCUGCACUGUAUUACAUAGGUCUCUUCAUCAAAGGUAAGAUGAAGAAAGGAUCAGACUCAACGUCUUACGACAUAGAGGGCGCUGACAAUAAUCAGACGGAGUGUGCCGAGACAAGUCUACAUCCGAAUGAGAUGGUGCAGCUCGGAGAGCCGCCGGGCUUGCAGUACGCUAUCCCCGGUGACGGCUUUGCAAACGGCCGGUGUUCGCCACGGGGAGUUCCCGAGAAGUCCGGCCGUCCGUUGGCACUAGGCGCGCCGGUGGGCUUCGGCAAUUCGGACGGGGAGGUGUACGGUCUAGGAGAGGCGGACGGGUAUGAACAUGAAGAGAUGAGGGAGACAUCUCUGUACCCAGUGGAGGUACCGGACAGGCCGCACUAUCGGAAAGAUGACGGGCCUAAUGGGUGUGUGAACGACGGCUAUACGGCAGAUCGGAACGAAUGGAUGUAGGGAGACGAGUAGGUCAAAAAUAGCAAAUACAAGUUUCUUUUAUUCUUGCUUAUUAUUAUGACAAUACCAAAGAGUUUAUUUUAAUUACGGUGAUGGAUAACAGUAAUUAGUACAAUUGUACAGGCACAACCAGUGCAUCAUGUGGUAUAUGUGGUAUAUUGAACACAUUUCAGUGUUCAAUUCCCCCCUCCAUGUGAUCUGCAAGACAAUGUUUACAAAAUAUAACCCAUGUGCUGCCUAGAAAACCCGUAACAUGUAUUGCAGUUGGUUGCCUCCUAGUUGCCUCAUGUGACAAAGGCCCUUAAAGGCAGUGGACACUA